AAAAAACAAUUUAUAUUAAGAAUGAAGAUUAUAAUUGAUUUAACAAAGGAAAACAAGUAUACAGAAGAAAUCAUUGAUCUCACAUAUGAAAUCAAUAACAACAGCAAUAACAACAGCAAUAACAACAACAUAAACAACAACAUCAUCCAUAUAAAUCAAUUCCAACUUAAUUUAAAGAGGAAUCUUAUGAUUUAUAUCACUGAUUUGGAAGAUUAUAUUUUCAACAAAAUAUUAGAAAAUAAAAAAAAUAAAUUUUCAACAUUAAUAAAAUAUUUUACUUUUUCGCGUCUCACCAGCAGAUUCGAAUGUAAUUUAUGUGAAUGUUUCACAAUUUCAUUAUCAAACAAAAAGGUUGGACAUUGUGCAACCUCUCAUAUUAAUGUAUUUGUGUUCAGUGCUGAGUUUGUUUUUGCUUAG